CACAGGCGCCAUUAGCGAAAGCGAACACUCCUUAUUAAGCUCUCUCUCUCUCUCUCUCUCUCUAUAUCAUCGUCCCCAAGCAAACCCUAACCCUAAACCUAGCCCUAGACGCAUCUCCGAAGCUCCAAACCCUCCGAUCCCAACCUCGCCGUCGCCGUCCUCGUCGCCAUUGUCGAGCUCAUCUUCUUCUUCUUCCCCCUCCCUAUCUCUCUCUCUCUCUCUCUCUCUCUCUCUCUCUCUCUCUCUUUGUUUUUUUAAGAAACCCUAGUUUCUUUGGUUCCCAUUUCCUUGUACUAGUUUUUCUCCAAUAAACUAUUCACCGAUCUUGGACUAUUCUACUUGUCCUUGGACUUAUUCUCAGCCCCGCUCCCCACCUGACCAAACCCAUCUGGAUCCCCCUCAACUCCGCGUUUGAACGCUUCUUCCUUUGAGCAAGAGCUCGGCAACAAUAAGAAGAAGCAGUAGUAGAAGAAGCGGAAGAGGAAGAGAGCGGUGGAGUUGAAUCGGUCGUGUGAUGAUCUGGUGAGGCCGUGUAGUAGAUCAAAAGAGUAGCACCAUGGCAUCGAACAGCGCGCUUCGAAAUAGCCGAUCGGCCCGCAUGGCCGCAUCGGCCGCCGAUCCGCUUCAGGGCGGCGGACGCCCCGCUGCGGCCCCUCCGGCCCCCACUGUAAAAUUUGCGCGUCGGACCCAAUCCGGUCGCUACGUGAGCUACUCCCGCGACGAUCUCGAUAGCGAAAUUGGUAGUGGAGAGUUCUCCCAGGAGUUUACGAACUACCAUGUCCAUAUUCCUGCCACUCCCGAUAACCAGCCGAUGGAGGUCUCGAUCGACCCGUCGAUCUCCGCUAAAGUCGAAGAACAAUAUGUGUCCAACUCCCUCUUCACCGGCGGCUUUAACAGUGUAACUCGUGCGCAUUUGAUGGACAAAGUGAUUGAGUCGGAGGCCAGCCACCCGCAAAUGGCGGGGGCCAAGGGCUCCUCUUGCUCGAUCCAGGGCUGCGAUUCCAAAGUGAUGAGCGACGAGCGAGGAAUCGAUAUACUCCCUUGCGAGUGCGACUUUAAGAUCUGCGCCGAGUGCUUCGGCGAUGCUGUGAAGGCGGGCGGGAUUUGCCCGGGGUGCAAGGAGCCGUACAAGACCACGGAGUUGGAGGACAUUGUAAAUGAUAGUAGCAUGGGGGGCCAGCCGCACCUCUCGUUGCCUCCGCCGCCCGCGGGUGUUUCAAGGAUGGAGAGACGGCUGUCGAUAAUGAGGUCGCAGAAGAUGAUGAGCCGGAGCCAGACGGGGGAUUGGGAUCAUAACAGGUGGCUGUUUGAGACGAAGGGCACUUACGGGUAUGGGAAUGCGAUAUGGCCCAAGGAGAAUGGAGGGGAUGAUGGAAAUGGAGGAGAUGGGCAGCCGUCAGAGCUGUCGAGCAAGCCGUGGAGGCCGCUCACCCGCAAGCUGAAGAUCCCGGCGGCCAUUCUGAGCCCAUAUAGGCUUCUUAUCGCCAUUCGCAUGAUUGCCCUCGUCCUCUUCCUUAUGUGGAGAGUGAAGCACAAGAACAAGGACGCUAUGUGGCUGUGGGGAAUGUCGGUCGUCUGCGAACUAUGGUUCGCCUUCUCCUGGCUUUUGGAUCAGCUCCCGAAACUUUGCCCUGUGAACCGCGCCACUGACCUUGCCGUCCUAAAAGAAAAAUUCGAAACACCCACUCCCAACAACCCCACCGGAAAAUCGGAUCUUCCAGGCCUCGACAUCUUCGUCUCCACCGCCGACCCGGAAAAGGAACCCCCUCUUGUAACGGCAAACACCAUUCUCUCAAUUCUCGCAGCCGAUUACCCCGUCGAGAAGCUCUCUUGCUAUGUUUCAGACGAUGGUGGGGCCCUUCUUACUUUCGAGGCCAUGGCUGAGGCUGCCAGCUUUGCUAAUUUGUGGGUCCCAUUUUGUCGCAAGCAUGAUAUCGAGCCACGAAACCCUGAGAGCUACUUUAAUCUGAAGAAGGAUCCAUAUAAGAACAAGGUUAAAUCGGAUUUUGUGAAGGAUCGUAGACGGGUGAAGAGAGAGUACGAUGAGUUCAAGGUUCGGAUAAACGGGUUGCCCGAUUCGAUCCGCAGGAGGUCGGACGCGUACCACGCUCGCGAGGAGAUCAAGGCCAUGAAGAGGCAGAGGGAGAUGGCGGGUGAUGAUCCCAUCGAACAGGUGAAGAUCCCGAAAGCUACGUGGAUGGCGGAUGGUACACAUUGGCCCGGGACUUGGAUUAACCCGGGCUCCGAGCAUAGUCGCGGUGACCAUGCUGGAGUCAUUCAGGUAAUGCUGAAACCGCCGAGUGACGAGCCCUUGUACGGGAACAACGGUGACGAAGGCCGGCCCCUCGACUUCACUGAUGUGGAUAUCCGCCUACCGUUGCUGGUCUAUGUCUCUCGUGAGAAGCGGCCUGGCUACGACCACAACAAGAAGGCGGGGGCAAUGAACGCGCUCGUCCGCGCCUCUGCCAUCAUGUCGAACGGCCCUUUCAUCCUCAACCUUGACUGCGACCACUACGUGUACAACUCCCAGGCCUUCCGCGAGGGCAUGUGCUUCAUGAUGGACCGUGGCGGGGACCGCCUUUGCUACGUCCAGUUCCCCCAGCGGUUCGAGGGAAUCGACCCCUCCGACCGCUAUGCUAACAACAAUACUGUCUUCUUCGACGUCAACAUGCGCGCCCUCGACGGCCUCCAAGGCCCAGUGUAUGUGGGGACCGGUUGUCUCUUCCGCCGCAUUGCUCUUUAUGGCUUCGACCCUCCCCGGGCGAAGGAACACGGCGCAGGUUGCUGCAGCUGCUGCUUCCCUGGACGGCGGAAAAAUGUUUCUGCCGUCGCAUCGGAGGAGACGAGGGCGCUCCGAAUGGGAGACUUUGAUGAGGAGGAGAUGAACCUUUCGACUUUUCCGAAGAAGUUCGGGAACUCGAGCUUCUUGAUUGACUCGAUCCCCAUUGCGGAGUUCCAGGGCCGGCCCCUCGCCGACCAUCCCGCUGUCAAGAACGGCAGGCCGCCCGGCGCCCUCACCAUCCCCCGUGACCUUCUAGACGCGUCGACCGUCGCGGAGGCCAUCAGCGUGAUCUCGUGCUGGUACGAGGACAAGACGGAGUGGGGUCAUCGUGUUGGGUGGAUCUACGGAUCCGUGACUGAGGACGUCGUCACGGGCUACAGAAUGCACAACAGGGGAUGGAAGUCUGUUUAUUGCGUGACCAAGCGCGACGCAUUCCGAGGGACCGCGCCAAUCAACCUCACUGACCGGCUCCACCAGGUGCUCCGGUGGGCGACGGGCUCAGUCGAGAUCUUCUUCUCCCGCAACAACGCCCUUCUCGCAAGCCCUAGAAUGAAGUUUUUACAGAGGAUCGCGUACCUCAACGUCGGUAUCUACCCCUUCACCUCUAUCUUCCUCAUCGUCUACUGCUUCCUCCCGGCCCUCUCUCUCUUCUCGGGGCAGUUCAUCGUCCAAACCCUCAACGUUGCAUUCCUCACAUACCUCCUCACCAUCACCGUGACGCUCUCUGCGCUCGCGGUUCUUGAAAUCAAGUGGUCGGGAAUCAAUCUCGAAGAGUGGUGGAGAAACGAGCAAUUCUGGCUUAUUGGAGGGACAAGUGCCCACCUUGCCGCUGUGAUCCAAGGGCUGCUGAAGGUGAUUGCCGGUAUCGAAAUCUUCUUCACGCUCACCUCGAAAUCGGGAGGCGACGACGUCGACGACGAGUUCGCUGAUCUGUACAUCGUGAAGUGGUCGUCGCUGAUGAUUCCGCCCAUCACCAUCAUGAUGGUGAACCUGAUCGCGAUCGCUGUCGGGUUCAGCAGGACAAUAUACAGCGUCGAUCCACAGUGGAGCAAGCUGCUGGGGCGGGAUGUUCUUCAGUUUCUUGCGGUGCUGGCCUCUCUCUAUCCCUUUGCGAAGGGGUCAUGGGUGAGAGGGAGAACUCGACGAUCGUCUUUCGUGUGGUCGGGCUCUUACGCCAUCACCAUUUCGCUACUUGAGGUCGCCGAUCAUCCCCCGUCAGCAAAUUCUCAGAUCGGCCGGUUCCUUCAAUUCCGUUAA